AUGGCUCUCGAUACUUUUAAAAGACCUGCUGCUCCUGAAUUCGCACUCGCCAAGCGAGGAAAGUUCGAUGAUUUCACUCAUGAAAACAACAGAUUAUCGAAUCUUCAGGCUCCGAUUAUGUUACUGCAAGGUCAUCAAGGAGAAAUAUAUACUUCCAAAUUUAGCUCUGAUGGAACCUGCUUGGCUUCAGCUGGAUUUGAUCAAACGAUAUUUUUAUGGAAUGUAUAUGGCGAUUGUGAGAAUUUCGCUAUUCUCAAAGGUCAUAAUGGAGCUGUUAUGGAUCUUAACUUCAAUACUGACUCAAGUCUUCUAUUCACUUGUGGCACCGAUCGGACUCUACGUGUUUGGGACAUGGAAACAGGAGCAUGUCAAAGAAAAUUUAAAAGUCAUGAUGAUAUAGUGAACUCCUGUCAUCCUGCCAGAAGGGGUCCCACAUUAGUUUCUUCAGCAAGUGAUGAUGGCAGUGUUAAAAUUCAUGAUGUUCGACAACGACUUCCUAUCAAAAAUUAUGAGAACAAGUUCCAACAAACUUCUGUUUCCUUUAAUGACACAGCGGAGCUAGUCUUCUGUGCUGGAAUUGACAAUGAUAUAAAAGUUUGGGAUUUGAGACGAGAUGACAUCUCCUAUGUCUUGAGAGGACAUGGAGACACUGUCACUGGAAUGUCUCUCAGUCCAAAUGGUAACUUUUUGUUAACGAACUCGAUGGAUUGUUCAUUGAAGCAGUGGGAUGUGCGUCCAUUUGUUCAAGGUACCAACCGUUUAGUACAAACAUAUUAUGCUCAUCAGCAUAACUUUGAGAAGAAUCUUCUCAAAUGUUCCUGGUCUCCAGAUGGUAGACGUGUAUCUGCUGGCUCUAGUGAUCGCUUUGUUUAUGUUUGGGAAGUUAACUCGAAGAAUCUUGUAUUCAAACUUCCUGGACAUUUGGGAUCAGUCAAUGCAACUGAUUUCCACCCAAACGAACCCAUAUUGUUAUCUGCGUCGAGUGAUAAAAUGAUCUAUCUUGGAGAAAUAGCCUGA